AUGCGCCCGGCGCUUCUGCGACUGUUGAAGAGGCCGUCCGCCGUCUCGAUCCUUGAUACCCUCACAGCAACACCGAUCGGAAUUGAGCAAUUAGAGUCUAGGUACAGGUGUUUACGAUGCCAUUCACAAGGCACCAAGCCGACGCAACUCGACGAACCCGAUAACAAUCCGACACGAACUGAGCUUAAAGACUUGUGCCGAGGGAAACGGCCAUUCAGCUUUGCGAUCUACGAUAUUGAAUCUCUGGAUGAAGAGACAUCUGAUCCUGUACCUAUCGCAUUAAGGCAAUCACCAAAUAAAAUACCACGCCAUACCAAAACUCUAUCACUUCGUCCGGAAAAGCUUGAAUUCGAAUCAGACGUCGGACACCUCAACAGCAUUGGAACGCGAUUAGUGGACCACCCGGAAUCUCGACAUAAUUUUGAUCUAUGGGAGGAGCUUAUUCGAUACCGCCAACGCCACUACGGUGACAAUGGCACGUUACAAAUAUGGGAAGGGUUGACAGUCCGGUUGGACGGGGUUCGACUGCCAACUACAGGAGAACAGGCGGACUUCUUCUGGCAGAGCUUCGUGGAAUUAGGACUGAGACGGGAGCUGUACCUUGACAGUUUGAUUGAAUAUGCCGUCAAUCUGUGGAAGCGCGAAGGCGAUCGAUGGCCGCACCUGUAUAUGAGGGUUGUGGGUGGGCUUCUGGACCAAGGCAAACCGAAUCGUGCGCUUGAAUGCCACAAAAAGCUGCAAAAAACUCAUAUUGCUAGCGCAAGUGAUAUUAUGCAGAUUCUUCCAUCGGCAAUCCGUCUAUCGUCUCUUCCAGCUGGUAUGGACUUGGCAACUACGGAUUUACAGGAGUCCUUGACACCUGGACUGAAGGCCUUCCAAUCGAUAUGCUCAGCUACCCCCGAUCACAAAGUUUAUGGCCCGGCCAUUGCUAUGCUUAUACAGCAAGGCCAGGGAGAGGGCGCAAUCUCCAUGCAUCAUUUCCUCGCGCGGCGGCAAGACCAUCCGCAAAGUCUCGAUGAAAUACAACCACUGCUUGAAUUUGUGGAGAAAUUUGGACGACGAAAAGAGUUUAACAGGCUUCGUGGCUAUGUCAAAAAGCGGUUUGAUACUGAAGCAUCGAUUGAUCAACCCGGUCCAAUAGAUCCCAGCCCGAAACCCAACGAAAAAAGCACGAAGGAAGGGAAGCCUUUCAAAGAUGAAAUAGGCGCGAAGAUGUUUGCUACCCGUGCGCUCAAUUUCGACAUGGUUAUCGGUGGACUCAAGAUGCUCGGAGUAUCAGAAAUUGGCCCACGUACGCUGCGCGAGAUGGCUAUUAGAGCCCAUGGCAACCAAGAUAUUCUGGAGAAGCUCAAAACUCUCAAACAAUCUGGGAUCUCCGUGGGAGAUUCCAUGUUUGCGCGCUUGCUUCAGAAACUCGCAGCGCAAAACCGCGACAUUCUUCUUUCAGAUAUCCUUCGCAGCGACCAACACCCCGAUGUUCUCGAAGACGUGCGCAUGCAGGAGACAAUGUUAGUGUCUUACUACAUGGCUCGGGAUUGGCGACUAUAUAAUAUGACACUGGCAAUUUUGACGGAACUCCACCCCGGGGCGCCUGAUCUCUUCGACAUUCAUUUUCGAAAGCACAUCGCAGCUUGGGAGUUGCGUGCAGCAGCCAAGGUUACCGACGAGCUAGCCCUGAAUGGUCGGACUUUGAGUGAAGAUAGCGUGGACUUUAUGGCUGAGCAGGUUCUCACCCCACGCCGAAUGAACCACCGUCCGCCUCCGGGCCAGCGCCUCUCCGCGGUUGAGGAGGUCCUUUUCAUCUUCAAGAUUUUGAAGCGUGUGGUUCCAGCAGGAGGUUAUGUCAGUGCUGCAUUCUGGGUGGAGAUGCUCAAGCGACUCGGCAUGGCAAACGCAUGGGCAGACUGGGAUAAACUCCGGGAUUGCUGCCAGUGGCUCGUUUGCCAAUAUGCCGGGACCACCAAACAGACACCUCGGGCAAAAGUCCCGUCCACUGGAUCCCCGCUUGACCCUACGCAACAGGCCAAUGCUCAUGAUCGACGAAUGCUCGAUCUGGUCUUCACACCCCAGAUGCAAGCUGCUAUUGUGUCCUGGGGAUUCACGUUUCGGGUACUUGACACAACACAGUCACGAUUUACCAUUCCCCAUCCUAGGACGAACGAAGAACUCAUUCCUUGGGUUCGAGGCCUCAUCCUUCUCCGAGAAUUGGAAGCCUCAGGUCUUCGUCUUGAUAAACGCUUGAUCUCACAAGCAGUUCGACACCGAAUGGCCAUGCUCUACAGCCAUCCUGUCCUUUCAGCACGGCGUAUGAACCGUAUGUUGCGGCGUCGAAAUCCUUACCCACUACAAACGGUUCUGGAUGACGUGCUCCGUGCCUGGGGCGACCCAACUCUUUUUGAUGGAAUGGAGGAAGAUUGGGAGCGACUGGUGAAUCCACCACGAUCAACUAGAGCCAAGCGACGUGCUCCUGGUAUACGUUUGUCCCUGAAGGGUCUAUGA